AUGGCGACAGCCGCGGCAGCCCAGUUACUUGAUGAGUUGAUGGGAAGGACGAGAAAUCUUUUACCGGAUGAGGAACCCAGGGAAAUCCAGUGGUACGACGAAGAGGUUUGCAAGCUGUAUUUGGUGAAGUUCUGUCCACAUGAACUCUUUGUGAAUACCCGCAUCGAUUUGGGACCAUGCCCAAAGAUUCAUGAUGAAGAACUGAAGAAUAAAUUUGAAGCCAUGAACACUUCCAAGAAAGCCAAAUACGAAGAUGACUUCAUCAAGUUCUGUCACAGUUUGAUCGCCGAGGUAGACAAAAAAAUCGGCAAAGGGAAGGAUCGCCUGGCGAGGGCGCUAAGUGAAGAUGCAACAAACAUUUCAGCAGCACAGCACAAGACCAAUGAAGAGCAAAUCAUCCUUCUGACAGAAAAAAUCAAUGCCUUGGUCUCACAAGCAGAGGAAAAGGGCUGUGCAGGGGAUGUCGAGGAGGCACAAGGACUUCUCAAGCUCUGUGAUCAAUUGAGGGAAGAGCGGGAGACUCUCAGACGAAAGAGUGACAACUUCCACUGGCAACAGACAGCAGAGCUUGCAGCUGCUCAGGAGAAGCAGAUGGAGGUGUGUGAGAUCUGUGGAGCAUUCCUGAUUGUAGGGGAUGCCCAGCAAAGGAUUGAUGAUCACCUCAUGGGUAAACUCCAUAUGGGGUAUGCCAAACUCAGGGUGGCUAUCAAUGAAAUCAAGGAGGCACGGCAGAAGGAAAAAGAGGAGAAGGCCAAAAUGUGGGAAAAGGAGAGGGAAGAAAGAAGAAAACGAUUUGCUGAAGAGGAAGAAAAGAAACGGAAAGAAAGGGGUGAGGAUCCUUCGAGUGACAGAGAUCGAGAACGUAGGAACCAGAAUUACCGAUCAAGUAAUCAUGAGUCUGAGCUGAACUCCAGUAGGGAACGAGAUCGGGAGGAUCGUGAGAGAGGUCAUAGUCGGAGGAGUGAGAAUCAUGAUCGAAAAUGUCCAUCAACAUCAAGAUCACGCUCCCCAUCUAUGAGGGAGAGAAGCCGAGAAGACCAAGAUCUCACUAGAUACAGGCACAGUGACAGCUUCAAUGACAGAAAUCGGAGGUCAACAGAAAACCGAUACCGAGACAAAGAUAGGACAAGGGAGAGGGAUCGAGAUCGAACUUACAACCGAGAUGCUCGCUACUCCCGAGAGUAUCGCUGAUUUAGGCCUCCCUCUUCCCUCAGGUAUCCUUAUGAUACACAAGAGUGAUACUGGAUGGAAGCUGCAAAUUGGACACCAUGCCCCAUUCUCCCAGGUGACCCAUCAAUAGACUGUAUCCUCAUUGCCAGUUCCAUCUUGUGGCAACAAGGACAAUAGAUGAAUGGAGUGAAUUAUUGCAUUAAUUUUUCUUUGCCAACCUUGUUAUCAAGAAGCACUGGAGUGCUUAUAAAAAAAAAAAAAAUUGGAAGUGAGGUAAGUGAAAUAUUGUUUGAACUGACUGGUCUGAAAUGAAAGCAUCCACCUCCAUCCCCAUCACUAAUGAAGGUUAGUGGUUUGAUGGUGAAUUGUGUCUCAACUUUUUCAUCUUCAUCAUUCUUUGUAUUUGUGAGCUUCAGUUGGUCAAUGAAGUCAUUCAUA